GCUUACCUAAAUGAAUUACAUCAAUUAUUUCAAACAAUCUAUUUGUACUCCUCUCAGCUCACCUUCAAUUUUAUGAGUUGUGGAAACAAAAUAUGUCAUACAUAAGAAAUUUUAGACUCGAGGAUUUGUUUAAGAUUAAUCAAGUCAAUCUAGAUCCUUUGACAGAGACAUAUGGCUUAUGUUUUUAUAUGAAAUAUAUGAUUCACUGGCCAAGUCUUUUCAAAGUUUCUGAACAUCCUAAUGGGAGAAUCAUGGGAUAUAUUAUGGGGAAAACAGAAGGGCAAAAUGAAAAUUUACAUGGGCAUGUUACAGCAUUAUCAAUUGCUCCAGAUUAUAGAAGAUUAGGAUUAGCGGAGUCUUUGAUGAAACAUUUAGAAGAUUAUUCUGAUAGACAAAAUUGCUAUUUUGUUGACUUAUUUGUAAGGGUGUCUAAUACAGUAGCCAUAACAAUGUAUAAGAAGCUAGGUUAUACAAUAUAUAGAAGAGUUUUGAAUUAUUAUGCUGGAGAUUUUUCUGAAGAUGCCUUUGAUAUGAGGAAAGCAUUAUCAAGAGAUGUUGAAAAGAAGUCUAUUAUACCCUUACCACAUCCGGUUACCCCUGAUGAAGUUGAUUAAACAAAUUCUUAUGAAUGAAUGCCUUUUAAAAAUUAUUUGUUGAGUAAAAAUUACAUGGGAAAUAUAAUGAAUGGUUAUUUUAGGUGAAUAUAAAUAAUUGAACUUGCCACAUUAUCUGUGAUAUAUAUUAUAUGAAAUAAUAUGAUUUAAAUUUGCA